AUGCGAUUAAAAUAUUCCAAAACUCUCUUGGAAUCUCAGGAUACUGAGAGUCCCAUUGCUGAUAUCUGCUGGUCUCCAAAUAAUGUCAAAUUUGCUGUUGCAACAUGCGAACGGCUAGUAUUACUAUUUGAUAGCGAGGGCACUAGACGCGAUAAAUUUUCUACUAAACCCGCUGAUCCCGCUGCUGGCAAAAAGUCAUAUGUCAUCACAAGUAUAUCAUUCAGCGACAACUCGGAAUUACUUGGGGUGGCUCAAAGUGAUAACAUGGUAUUUGUGUACCGUGUUGGCGCAGAUUGGACUGGCAAGAAGGUGAUCUGUAACAAGUUUCCAUUGACUGGAGCACCGACGGCUUUGCUGCCUGCUGAUAACGGUUUCUCUACUGGUACUAGUGACGGAAAAAUUAGAACGUUGGAUUGCAAGAGUAACAAAAGCAGCAGUUUGUGGACAGCAGGUGCUUGCUGUGUGUCGUUGGCACGCGGCGCCGAGGGUACACUUGCGUCCGGUCACGUUGAUGGCACGCUGUAUCUCAACGGCAGGCUACUACUACGGUACGCACUGCCUCCCACCGCGCUAGUACUGCAGACACCGUAUUUGAUAGUUGGAUCGUGUGACGGGCGUGUGGCCGUUUAUGAAGCGCAAAGAGGUGCUCUGCUACGUAGUUUAGAGCCUCAGUUACCUCCAGAUCGACGUGAUCUCAUCUCAGCUGUGCCUAGUCCUUCAGGUCAAACGGUGGCAUUUGGCGUAUUCGACGGGUGUUUAGUUGGAGAUGUAAAGGAAUCCGGCGUCAUUGAGCUGUCAAUGCUGAAUAUUCCAAACCUCUACGCAGCGCGAGCUCUUGCUUGGAGUGGUGACGGCACAAAGUUGGCAAUCGCAUCGCAAGCUGGUGCUGUUAUACAACUGGAGGCUGUACUCAGGCGAUGGGUAUGGCGCGACACCGUAGAAGUGCAGCACGUAAGCCCACGUCAGUUAGUACUGUCACGCCUGGCCAACGACGCUUUGCCUCUUACAGUAACUACUAAGCAAGCUCCAGAUAUAUUUAACGUUCGUUUCAUAGGUAACGACUGGUAUGCUGUAUGUCGCACAAGUAGUACGCUGAUAUUGUGUGAUAUAGCACGAGGCUUGACCAGCGAAAUCCCAUGGUCAGUGGGCGGUGAGAGAGUGUAUGCAGAAGUGGGUGGUGCUUGCUUGUUGCACAGAGCAGGCGAGCUUAGCGUUGUCGAGUACGGACUUGAUAAAGUACUGCAUACUGUUCGAACAGAACGCGUGAACCCUCAUGUGCUGAGCGUUCGCAUCAACGAAGGUGCCACUGGGGAAUCCGAUCUGGAACGUAAGCACCUCGCGUAUUUGCUCGAUAGACAGACUAUCGCUGUUGUUGAUCUUAUAACUGGUAUACAAUUGGGGCAAUGGUGGCACGAGACUCGUGUGGACUGGCUGGAGCUGAACGAAAGUGGCCAGCUUCUCCUUUUAAGAGACACAAGGCGCAGACUCGCUAUACUAACACUUCAUAACGGUGAGAAGGAAAUCAUAGCAAGCGGCGUAAGCUUCGUGCAGUGGAUCGAAAACAGCGACGCGGUUGUAGCUCAAACUCCGACCCAUCUACUCGUUUGGUACAGUGCGUGGGAUCCUGGUAGUGUAGAAAUGGUAGAAUGUGGAGGGGCUGUAGCUGUUGAAAUUAUAUCAAGAAGGGUCAUCCUUGAUGGAGGCAUUCUACCGUAUCUACAGCUAGAUGAACAUAGACUUGCCUUUAAUAAUGCUCUACGCGGUGGUGACUUGGCAGGAUGUGCCAGGUACUUGGAAGGUGUAGGAAAUAAUGCUGAUGUCGCUGCUCUUUGGAGGCAACUGGCAGAACGUGCUCUGGAUAAUGAUGAUGUACAGUUAGCUGCCAAAUGUUACCGUGAAGUUGAUGACGUGGCGCGUACGUUUUAUUUAGAGAAGACCGUAGAGCUAGCGACAACAGAAGGCGAUGGGGAUAUUGCCGUUGGUUUAGAUAAUCCCAUAGUUAGAGCUCGCUUGGCCAUUUUUGCCGGCGAUUUAAUCGCUGCAGAAGAGUGGUAUGUAAGGCGUGCUAAUCGCCCCGACUUAGCGGUAAAUAUGUAUAAGCAGUUCAACAAAUGGUCUGAAGCUAUUGCUCUGGCCGAGAGGACCGACAGAGCGUCCGUGGCUACAUUGAAACAACAGCACAUGGACUAUCUGACUUCUACAGGACGUCUUGGAGAGGCUGGUGCAGUUUUGGCAGCAUCUGGGGAUGUUCAGGGUGCGGUAAAGCUGUGGCUUAAAGGAGGGCGCUCGCGUCGGGCCGCUGCUCUGCUGUUGCAACAUCCGCAGCUGUUGAGAGAUACUGAUCUAGUAGAGGCUGUACAUACACAACUUAUACAGGAGGAAUGGUGGGAGACAGCUGGCGAAAUAUCGGAACGACGAGGUGAUACUCGCACGGCAGUCGAAUACUACGCAAAAGGGAACAAUUAUGCUAGAGCUGUUCAGCUUGCUAGAGAGGCUUGCCCUGGAGAAGUGACGCGCCUUGAAGGUAUGUGGGGCGCGUGGUUGGUUUCCUGUCGCCAGGCGGGGGCCGCGGUACCACAUCUGAUAGAAGCGGGACUUUCUAGGGAUGCCCUCGACGCAGCACUUCAAGCCCAUCACUAUAGAAAGGCUCUUCAGAUUCUACAGGCUAUUGACGACAAAGAAUCGAUCAGGGAGCAAUGUGAGAAACUCGGUGAUCAUUUUAUUUCGACUCGAGAAUGGGAGACAGCAGAACGCGUGCUAACAUCAUGCGGCCUGGCAGAGCGAUGUGUGCGCGCGUACAACCUCGCAGGUCGAGUAGCUGAUGGGUUACAUCUCGCCGCUGCCCAUUUAACUGAAGAAGAAACUAGGGACAUUUAUCUGCCCUUAGCACAGCAAUUGAGGGAAGAGGGACAAUUGAGAAAAGCUGAACAGAUUUAUAUUGGCUUAGGCGAACCGGAUGAAGCUAUUUCCAUGUAUAAGGAAGUAUCGCAGUACGAGGCAAUGCUACGCCUCGUAGCGGUCCACCGUAGCUCAUUGUUGGAAGCCACGCGCCGACACGUAGCUCAAGCUCUACACGCCUCCGGAGAUCUACGCGCUGCUGAAAACUAUUAUAUUCAAGCUGAUGACUGGAAGAGCGCAAUUCAGAUGUAUCGUUCAGCUGGUCAAUGGGAAGGAGCUGAGCGCGUUGCUCGUGCCCAUGCACCCAGCGGUGUUCAGCAACAGGUAGCCCUUCAAUGGGCGGGUGCUCUAGGGGGAGCUCCUGCUGCGCGGCUGUUAGCUGCUCGAGGGUUAGCUGCUCUAGGAGCUCGAUGGGCACUUCAAGCUCAACGUUGGGACAUCGCCAUGGAACUUUGCUCUUUAGGCGGAGGCAUGACUCGUGACGAAGUGGCUCGUCACGAGGCGGCGGCGCUAGCCGACGAGCACCCGCACGAGGCCGAGGCGGCCUUCUUGCGCGCCUCGGCCCCCGAACACGCCGUGCGCAUGUGGCUCACUCACGGCGACCAGCAGAGGGCGCUCGCUUUAGCGGAACAACACGCUCCUCAUUUGGUGGAAGAAGUGUUAGUGGAAGGUGCUCGCGCUGCAGCCGAGCGUGGUGACUUAUCGCAGUUCGAAACACUCAUGAUCCGCGCUAACAAGCCACGCGAAGUUGUGCAGCAUUAUAAAGAUCUUGAAUUAUGGGAUGAAGCGGCGCGUGUGUCUCGCGAGUACUUGCCGGAGAGCAGCGCCAGCAGCACCGGCAGCGGCGAGGGCGUGCCGGGCGAGGUGCCCGCGCUGCUGCAGCGAGCCGCCGCACACGCCGACAGGGAGGACUGGUGGGAGGCCGUUAGAUUACUCGGAGCAGCGAGCGCGGCGGCGGCGAGCGGAGCGGCGCCGCGCCUGGCCGAGCGAGCCGCGCUGCGGGCCGCGCGCCUGGCGCGGGACCACCUGCACGACAGGCGGCGCAAGCUCGCCGCCGACAUGCUGGCCGACAGAUUUGCAGCAAUUGGUCAAGAUGAGAUAGGUGAACAGCUACGAGCGGCUCUGACGGAAGGAUACUCAGGUGAUGAUGAUGCUCCAGGUCCAUCAGAAGACUAUGCAGAAGAAACUGAAGCAGCACCUCGCGAUUCUGAAGGUGAUGCUGCGGCAGAGGCUGAAGCGUUGGAAAGAUUGGCGCGAGCGGGACACUGGACGCGCUGUCUCGCUCACGCAGGGCUCAAGGCACCACAUUAUGCUCUAAGAUAUGCUGCUCACCUGUUUAAGGCACACCCGCGUAUGGAAGGCAUAGACAUCGAAAGUGAAGAAGUGCCAGAAGUACUAUCUCAGAUUCUAGACGUGUUACGGCAAUAUGUAGCCACUGGAGAGCCGGGGAUGGACUCUGUCAUUGUUGCGAGCGACGUGCCGCUAGCAAAGGCAGUGUGUAGUGAACUAUUAGUUCGAGUGUCAACAGCACCGCGUGCUCUCACUACCUUAAGAGACGCUGCUUCAGUCAUGAUGUGUGCUGCAGCUGAUGACAGGGCAUUGCAGGCUGUAACUCUGUUGAUUGCUCUUCAUGUGCCUAACAUAGCUUCAAGAGCGGCUAGGGCUCUGCCUCGAUACACUGAUAUUAUUGUCGCAGAUGUCGUGUACUACGCUUGCGGUAUGGCUAUCCGUGGUGAGGGUCCGGGCGGAUCACGUGAAGCAUUUGUAAUGCUGAAUCGAUGCCUUGACUUAGCCGAAGCAGCUGAUGACGAUUCCGUACACCUGCUCGACUAUACGGAUUUUGAAUGUACCGAUUGGAGUCGAACGCCAUUACUUUUGGAGAGCGGGUGCGUCAAGGGCGCUUCUUUGGAUGAUGCGCGGGAGUGGGUGCUCGCUGUAUCCAUGGACCAGGCAGUAGAACAGACGUUACCAGUGGAUAGUCGCGGUAUGUACGCAUCUAGCGUAGCCGACAAUGAAGCAUGCUGUGUGCUCACCGGUUAUCCGCUCGGCUCCAGGCUCGUCACGUUCACCAACGGUCGGUGUGCAAACCGCGAGUGGUGGUCGCGAGCCGUGAGCGCGGCGCGGGCGGGGGGCGCCGCCGCCACGCUCUUGCAGCACAUCGAGGCUUGGUGUGGACCUGCUGACUACCACCACGUCUAG